UUAAAAGUAAUCAACAUUUAUCCCUUAAAAGUGACCACUUUUUGGAAAAAUGAGUCGAAACAAACCCGUCAUCUCGUUCCUUUGCGUCCUGACUCUGAAAAUGAGCUUUUUGUUAACUACGGGAAUUAAGUAUCGACCAAGUCGUGCCAGGAACUCGCAGCUCUACCUUGAAAUAGGUGAUUAGAACGAAUACCCUUGGUAUUCGAACUGAUAGGUUUACAAGUUGACGAAGUAAUUUCAUGCGCAUGGUUACAAUAAGCGAAAUCCUUUUUUCAUAUCACUGUAAUACGAAUGAAAUUCCACUAUACUUUCAUUCUGGAUAUGAUACCUACUUAGUCUUUGGUGAUCUUAAUUAGAUAUUUAAAAAUAUUUGCGUUGUGUAACAUUGGAAAUAAUCUCCGCAGAUGUUUUUAAAAAAAUGAAAAAUUUGAAAGGAGUUGAAAAGCAUUUUUCCAGUGGGAAAUAAUUGAAAGAUAUGCAAAAUUCAGGCAGUCACGAAUUGGAAAUCCGAGAUUUCGUCAAUGAUUGUCGCAUUCUGUAUAAAAUAUCUUUGUCAUCGGUGAAAAUUUUAUUAUAUUCGGAAAUGUCGAAUAAUUUUAUACCAGAAGUACUUUUACGCAUCACAUCGGAAAUAGAAAACGUAACAAAUUUGUAUAAUAAAAUAGCUGAGUAUCAAGAGAAACUUCAACAACUUUCAUAUUUUCAAGAUACUUGCUCCACACAAAUGUACAGCUAUGAAAUUUGGUUACAAAGACUUGUAUUCCAGCUCGAUGCUUUACUAUCGAGCAUUAAAAAAAUAGUUUACAAAUUAUUGAAGCUCUACAUAAGUGAUUCGCUUAUCACAGCUAUCAGAUUGAUAGGUUUUUACAACAAUCUAAUAACCACUUAUGGCGUGAUGAGCAAAGACAUAAAUCACGUGCCGAAAUCUUCAUUAUUAAAUCAAGAUAAUAAAAAGAAGUUUACCAUUCCUCGAAUAUUAAAGAUUGUGGCUCAUGAUAGAACAGAGGAAUGUGCUUACACACUGAUCCAAUUUUUAAUUAAAAAAUAUAACGAUAUCGAUAAAAUCAAUUCCCUUACCUCUGACUUGACUGAUGCAGAAGAAGAUAAUUCAAAAAAUGGCGAUGACGAUGUCCAGCAUGAAUCAGACAAUACCAGUAUUCUCGUAUACAAAACACUUACUCAAUAUGACUCUCCUACAAGAAAUACUUCAGGAACGAAUAUUCAUUCUACAAAUAACAAUAGAAAUCAAACGCAAGAUAUUGCAACUGCAACUUUUAUAAUAUCAGAACGUAAACGCUUAGAUCUACUAUUUUCCACCGUAGUCGCUACCAAUCCACAAGAACUGCUGACUGAGCAAGAAUUAGCUAUUUCUAAACGAACCGGUUGUAUAAAAAUAUGUUCAAAAGUGAAACAAAAAUUGGUAGAAAUUUACGAACAAAUAUUGUGGCAAAAUAUAGGAAUUUCAGGAGAGCACAUGUUAUUAUGGUGGACAGAUUUCGGUUUGGGGAAAAGAAAUCAGUUGGUUGCCCAAAAAUUCAAUGCAUGGUUGAAACAAUAUUUUUCAACAGAUAAUAUCCAUAUAACCGUACAACCCACGAUAUACAGUUUACUAGACUGCCUCUGUUGUUUUAUAACUUCCACAUCUUGGGAUGAAUUGUUCACUCAGUCUUUAAUAUCCGCAAAUAAUCAACAUUCCAGACAUGAUUUACAAAACAUUGGUUUGGGAACCAAGACCGGACAUCUUUUUUCAGACAUGCUUUACGACAUAGUGUUUUUGACCAACAGCUGCGAAGGUUCUAAUUGGACUCAACAAGAUUUAGAAAAUUUACCUUUAGUUGAACAAAUUCCUCUAUUACACAGAUUGGACCACACAAUACAUUCAGCCAGAAUAUGGGCUAUGGGCAGAGCAAAAUACCUCACCAAUUGUUGGAAUAUGGAACAAUUUUUCAGAGUCACUCAUGUUGAUGUAAACGCAUCUUUAUACGCCCUUAGCCUUCUAAAAUUAACACAGAAUAUCAGUUCAUUAGACCACGAAAAUUCUCAUUUUGUUGUCUGCUCAAAAAUGAAAGCCAAGUUGGUUUCCGAAGUCAACGUGAACAUAGAAAAAUUACACGAAGUUCCCAAUCGCAGCUUAAAAAUUUUAGCUUCAGUUUGCAAAAUUACCAGUUUAGCGUACUUGAAAAUAUGUUUCCCUUCAGAGCUAUACUGGCAACAACAAGACGAAUGUGCACCAAACAUUGCAAGCGAUUACGUGGAAAAAUAUUUAGAUGAGAUUUUGAAACCAGUUUUAUUGGCUUCGCAAAAUUUACCUUUACCAGUUCAAAAACCAGUAUCGAAAUUAAUUUUAGAAAUAUUAUGCGAAGCUUGGCUGGACCAUAUCUAUAAUUUUCGAAUUAAAUUCAGCAAAUGGGGAGCAAUCCAAUUACUGGUAGAUUUUGGAGCUAUACCGAUGUGGAUUAAAGAAAAAGUAACCAUUAAUAAUGAAAUUCAAUCGUUCUUAACGUCAGACGAAAUUCUGAGAAGAUGUGAAGGCGUGGGUCGUUUAUUACUAAGACAUCCUGGAGAAUCGAUAGUGAUGAGCAGCGAACAGGAUAUUUUUCAAACAGACACUUCUAAAAACAAGGAACUUGAAAACGUGCCAGAAACGUUGAUGCCUCCUGAAAUGUACGUUCCGAAUCAAGAGAAGUGGUUGGAAUUACGACUCGAUGAACAAAAAUUAACCAUAACUACAUGUUGCUAAGAUAUUAUAAUUCAUCUUGAACAAAAUUUUCAAUGAAAAAAUUAUAAUUUUUUAAAUUAUCAUGAUUCCUUAUUUGUUUCUUUAAAUAACUUUAAAUGGGACAACUUGCAUAACUAAAGCUUGAAACAUUAGCAGCACAUCACAAAAAUAACACACAAAUCAACAAAUUAAAUAAAAACAACUUUGCAUAAUGACUUCGUAACUCUCCUAAUCAAUUUAAAAUUUCAAGUACCUAAGAAAACGACUAACAUUGACUCUAAGAGCUAAAGAAGACAAAUAGAUAUUUUUUCUAUACCAUUCCAUGUUAUAGCGGCGGUGUGUUUUCCAAUUUCGAUCUAAGAAAUCCUUAUAAAAAACAGAAAUUUUAUCUGACUGAUUAGAUUUACUACCCUCAGUGACGUACUUCUUGUGAAAUUCUU